ACACGAACUUUAUUUGAACGAACUUAGACCAAAUUGAUAUUAUAACAAAACUCAGCUCAAACUCGAAUCAUUAACAACCAAGAAGUGGGAAUCUACGAGAAGCGGUGCCACAAAACUUUUAUUCAUCCUAGAAAUGGAGAGAGCUCAACUAGAAUCAAACGAUCACAAGGCAGAAGAGAAAAGCUGCAAAAGCAUAGAACCAAGCACAUUUUUACAAUUCUGAUGCGGUCAGCCGAAGAGGAACCUCCUAACACCGACCACAGAUUCAAUUCUUCCUGCUGCAGGGUUUCUCUCCUUCCCCCGUUGUUGUUCGCCGCCGAAGCAGUAAGCAGGGGCCUGCCAUCCAGCAUCUUCCAGCACGGCUCCCACCUCAAAUGUCAUCACAUGAGCAUGCCUCCCCGUGUAGAAAACCCAGUGGACGGGGCGCUUGGUCUCGACGUCUUCGUAGUACCAAAUGAAAUCAACCUUCUCCCAGACAUUGCAGAGGAAGCCGUCGAUGUAGCGCUGGCCCAGGUAAUUGGCGCCGUCGAGCCAAUUGGGUCGGAGGAUGCCGACGCCCGGGUAGAGGGUUUUGCAUUCGCGAUCGGAAUCUAGGGUGUACAUGAAUGAGGUGCCGUUGUUCCAUUCGGCGUCGUAGGUGAGCUUGCCCAGCUGGUCCCUGAUGAUGUUGAAGUUGCGGCCAUUGGGCCAGUCGUACCAGAGGUCGAUCAUCUGGAGUGCGCCACUUUUGUUCAUGAAGAGUACGGAGUGGAAUUGGAGCGGCCAUGGCGUCGGGGUUGGGGUUGGGUCUUCGACGGCGGAUCUGGGUUCUGCUGCGGUGGAGGUGAUUAUCAAGACGAGGAGAAGGGUGAAAGAUACGGAGGGGAAUUCGCGGCUAGCAGAGGACGCCAUUUGUGGCCACAAUGGUGGUUGGGAUUUUUUUUAUGUUCCCCGAGUCUAGAACCCUAAUUCCUAAACUGGGGAGGCGACCCGUUUCCUUUUGUCGCUUUUAUCGUUGAUUGCUGGGCUUCUAAUCUGAAGUGCGGAGAGCUUCACAGUGGUUGUUAGCAGAGAGGAGUGGGGUUUGACAAAUGGAAGCAGAGAGGGUUAAGGAGAUUGGGUUGGCACAAGGAAAGAGAGAGGAGCAGGGAUAUUUUCGUUUUUGAUGGUGGAUGAUGAAACACCACAUACUCUUUUCAUUUGUGGUCCGCUCGUUUCACCCUAACCCAUCUGCAGGUAGUGUUCUCCUGAGAAACCUCUCACGAACAUUUUCUUUUGCUCUUAUGAUCGGUUUCGCUUGGUCGCGGAUAUGGCGAUUAUGAAGCAGAGGAAGCAGAGUGGUCAGUCAGCUCUCUCUUUGCAUAGUCUUGGUCACUCCCAGCGAUGACGUGAUGCUGCCCGGUUUCAGGUUCCAUCCGACGGACGAGGAGCUGGUAGGGUUCUAUCUGAAGAGGAAAAUACAGCAGAGGUCUCUGGCUAUUGAGCUCAUUAAGCAAGUCGAUAUCUACAAAUACGACCCCUGGGAUCUUCCAAGGUUGGCGACGACUGCAGGGGAGAAAGAGUGGUAUUUCUACUGUCCAAGGGACCGGAAGUACAGGAACAGCGCGAGGCCGAACCGGGUUACCGGAUCCGGUUUCUGGAAGGCGACCGGAACAGACCGUCCGAUUUACUCGUCGGAAGGAACCAAGUGUAUUGGGCUGAAGAAGUCACUGGUUUUCUACAGAGGAAGAGCUGCCAAAGGGAUCAAGACCGAUUGGAUGAUGCACGAGUUCCGGCUUCCUCCCAUCCCCGGCUCCGAUCAGAAUCAGCAAUCCCUUCAACCGAAGAAGCUCCUCGACAAAUCCCUCCCUCCCAACGAAGCAUGGGCGAUAUGUCGGAUAUUCAGGAAGACGAAUUCCAUGGCGCAGAGAGCUCUGUCUAAUCAUCCAUGGAUGAUGUCAUCGCCUCUACAUCACGAAUCGACACCGUCUGAUCAUCACUUCUUCAACCAACACCAAGCCACCUCCCACUUCACCUCCUCAUCCGACGUGGUUUCUUGUGUGUCAGAGCUUGGAUCAUCACCAUUCUUCCCACAACAAGCUUCAACUCCAAGUUUCUCUCCUCCACCGCUGUUUCCAUUCCCUCAAGCUCCCAACAACUUCAUUUUUUCCUCGAUCGAAGCUUCGUCGGGUUCAGUUUUGUCCAACAAGGCCUCUUCCGAAGCCCUGGAAUUUGAAGGGCAGGGGCAGCAGUUCAGUGGAUUCUCCAUCAGUACUCUGCAACAAGAGAUGGAGAGUAGUGGUGGAGAAGAUGAUGAUAAUCAUAACCACAAUCAUCAGUGGGUUGGGAGUGAGAUUAGAUCGAUUGGGUUUCCUUUCAGCUUGCCUGCAAAUCCUGCACCAGAUGAUGGAUGGGAUUCACCCCCACCAAAUUCUUGUCCUCCUGAAAUCUCCACUGCUACUACUUAUUCAACGAACAAAUGCUACUCUUAAAUCCCCUGACUAGGAGUGGAUAAUGGACCAUGGGAUUUAAUUCUAGCAUUUGUUUAAGGAAUGGGGUUGUGUGUAUACACUUUUUGUGGUAAGUAUUGUUUUUGCAUGGGGGAUUUGUGCAGAGGAUAUUGAAGCUCAUUUCAUUUGUGUACAUGAUAUUUUGUAAUCAAUGUUGUAUGUUUUUUUUUUUUUGGUGUAAACAGUUAUUGUGUUCAUAAGAAGAUUUUAUUUAUUGAUG